GCAGCAGCCACGACCGGGGCCAGGAGGGGCUGGGCGCCCUCCCGGCAGAACCACAGCCGAUCUCCAUCAGGCUCUGUAACUCGUGGCACACCCCGAUAUAGCAGUGUGGGACGUCGGUGAGAGUAAAUGGGAACACCGCAGCCAGGAAGGCUGUCUUGGGCUGUCUUGCUAAAGUUACUCUUCCGUUUGAUAGCUACACUGGAUCUUUGAUUGUGAUCUCCUCUAAAUUGCAACAUUGAAAACAACAGCAAUGGAAUGUAUAAAAGACUGCUGUAAAUGGUGUUUCUGCAUGGAAAAAGAAAAAAAUUCUCUUUCCAUGGUGAAGGAAUCUGAAGCAGCAGCCACAAGCAAGCCAUCUAUUGUAGAGAAGCCUCCAUUGUCUUCUGUGUCAGUGAAGCGUCAAGUUGGCUGUUCAGAGGAUUAUCUGCUCUCUAAACUGCCCCUGGAUGGUCAGGAGGUACCAUUUGUGGUUCCUCCAUUCAAAUUGGCCUAUGUACAACCGAAGAACCUUCCUAGUAUCUCAUAUGGAGGGAUUCAAGAAUCUGCCAGAGCCUCAUUUGGUGACCGGAAAGCAGAACUGCACAGCGUGUACCAGUGGCCCCACUAUGACGUGUAUAACCCAUUCUAUUUGGAGCAGCGGGUUUCGCCAGAUCUGAUUAGGCGCUUCCAAGCAAAAUCAGAUAAUAGGAAAUUAUAUGGAUCAGUUAGUGAUUUGAGAUCCAGUACUUUGCCUGGAUCAUUUGAUGUAAGUCGUUCAAUGUUUGAUCUCAGAAGCCCACCUCAUCGCUUCAUGAAGAGAUACGAUUCAUUAUCCAGUGUACCCAGCAGUACCUCUUCCAGGAAGGAUUCACAAGGCAGUAACAGGAGUCUGGAUACCAUAACAUUAUCAGGUGAUGAACGAGACUUUGGAAGACUGAAUGUGAAGUUGUGUUAUGUUUCUUCUGUAGAACAGAUCUGGAUCACAGUUUCACAUUGCAAAGACCUAAGCUGGCCUUCUAGCUGUGGGGAACAUCCUCGUAUCUAUGUCAAGGGAAUUCUCAUGCUGCCCAAACCAGUGCAUUUCAAAUCUUCUGCCAAGGAAGGGUGUAUUGAUAUGGAAUUUAUGGAAACUUUUGUAUUUGCUAUUAAACUGCAAAGCCUGCAGGCUGUUCGAUUGGUAUUUAAAAUCCAGACACAGACUCCCAGGAAAAAAACAAUUGGAGAGUGCUCCUUGGCACUGCGGGAGCUCAGCUCGGAAGAAUCAAGUCAUUGGCUGGAUAUAUCUCCUCCUUCCAAGGCACCUGUGUGCUGUGCAGAACUUCAAGUAGGAACUUGUUUUCAAGCAGUAAACAGGAGGAUACAGUUACAGAUUCUGGAAGCACAAAACCUUCCAGUUUCAUCUGCACCACUGUCUUCAAAUUUCUUUGUGAAAGUUGGAAUGUUUACUACAGAAGGGAUGAUCUAUAAGAAGAAGACUCGUCUUCUGAAGUCCACUAAUGGCCAAGUGAAGUGGGGAGAAAUGAUGAUUUUUCCAGUUAGCCAAGCUGAACAAGGAAUUGGCUUUCUCAUCAAACUAUACAGCAGAAGCUCAGUGAGAAGAAAACACUUCCUGGGACAGAUCUGGAUAAGUUCUGAUAGCAGUAACAAUGAAGCAGUAAAGCAGUGGAGAGAUACUAUUGCUAACCCUGAAAAGGUUGUUGUUAAGUGGUACAGCAUUGGUCCGUCUUGAAGACUGCAGAUGAAACUCAGGACUGAUUUUUCUACAAAAAUAUUCCUACACUGUUUAAAAUAGUAUAAAUAAAAAGAACAAUAUAAUCUAUACAAGUUCUUUGGAAGUUCUCCAAUACAUCAAUACCUCCAUGGUAACAAAGAAAACUCAGUUUCACCAAGAGGAAUACUGGCUAAAUAUUAUUAAGAGGAAAACUUAGGAACUGGAAAAGUGCUCAUUUGAUUUUAACAAAUCCACAUUGAAAAAUAUAUUUUUGUCCCUUUCAGGCUCCACAAGAGCACAGGAAUCCAAUCUUGGAAAGAAGCAGGUUGAAUCAGCAUCUUCUUCACUAGUCGCUGGCUCUAUCUUCAUCUGCAGUCUUGUCUUGGGCAGACUCCAAAGUUCACAGGAAUCAAUCCAAUCAGCAGCUUGAUCCUACGUACCUCUGAGCCUCUCGGGCUACACCCAUGCUGACACCUUUUGAUCAGAGUAGUGUGUGCCUGAGCAAGUGGGAAGGCUGUGGCAGUAAAAGACAUAAAGGGAACUUUGCAAUAAGGCAGUAUCCAAAGACCUCUCUAGUCUCCAUCUUUGAUGAAGGGUUAUUCAGUUCCCUGACAUGCCUGCAGCUUGUGUUUUUCCCAUCCUUCUCUCUAAAUAGAGUGAUUGAAAGAAAAGAGUUUCUCUGACUGUGAUCUUUGCAAGUAGGGCCCUCUAGACUUGCUGUGUUCAGGUGAAUUCUGGUUGGAAUCAAUGGAAUAAUACAAACAGGAAACCACCCUCCCUUGGAUUAGGGCUAAUAUUUUUAGACAAAUUUCUUGUAUAGAAUUCUUAUGUGUAAACCACUUCUUAUCUAAUCAACAAUGUUCUAGCAUUUGCUUACAUUGCUAAAACCCAGACUACCAUGUACGGAGUAAGCAAAUACUUACUGACAUAAGUGCUUUUUGAUAUUAAUUAAAAUGCAGCAUAGUAUGGAGCUUAGACUUUGUUUAAAAGAUGGGCUACUAUGCAGAAAUAUUUGUUACAUGUCUAGGAUAAUGAAAAAUUAUGUGUGGGAGUAUUUUUAUUCCUUGUUUGUAGCAAGAAAAAAUUACCAUAUUUUUAUUGCAAAUUACAUUUUUACCGCAAAAUCCUAUGAUUAUUUUUUCUGUCAGUCCCCAUAUUUUCAGGGGCUUAUUCACAGUUAUUUUUAAGGUGGGAAAAUGCCAUGUAUAUGAUUGAUCAUACAUACAUCUAAAAGCAUAGGCCUCUGCCCUACUUGAACUACGGGAUUUGAAAAAUAUAUUCUAUUAAAUCCACUGCUUACAGAUUUACUGUUUGUUGUCUGGACUGUACAAAUACAUAUGUUUGUAUAGACACUGAAUAAUUUUAGCUUUUUUUAUAACUUGAAUCCCAUUCAAGCAUUUGACAUGGACUAGAGUGGCAGUGAGAGCACUUGCUGCUUCAAGGCAAAGGAACAGCAGGGAGCAGAGAAAAUGCUGUUACAGGAAUGCACGUUGUAUUUAAAUGAAGAGCUCAGAGCAUCUUUAUUUUAACUUUUUUGACUCUGAGUAAGGGUAAAGAAAAAAUGGAAUUCCUUUGAUAUUUUUCUUUUAUCAGCUGAUAAUCAAAGCUUU